AUGCCUCGUACUCGCAAGCAAGUCACAAGGUCUUUUUCCGCUUGUUGGACUUGUCGCCGACGGCGCGUCAAGUGCAACGGUGUAGGUCUACCGUGCAACCAGUGCAAGAAAUGCAGGCUUGAGUGUGAAGGGUAUAGCAUCCAGCUCGUUUGGGUAGACCCAAAGACUGGCACUUAUCCU